AUGGAAGUUGUUCAGGCCAUAGAAAAAGGCCAAGCAAAGGCGGGAGAAGGUCGAUCCCUCAUUAGAAGAAUUAGAAAGAUUACGGAUUUGCAUAAUACGGCUAAGCUGGAGCAUACUUAUCGGGAAGCUAAUAGGUGUGCGGAUGCGUUAGCAAAAUUUGGGUGUACUCUUGAUUCGGAGUCGAUCGUUUUCGAAACAGUUCCUAUUUUCCUCAAUCUCCUCCUGGAGAAUGACGCCAAUGGCGUAACCGCCUCUAGAGUGUUAUUCAACAAAACAAGUAAAAUCAAAACAUGGUACAAACAAGUUUUAAACUUGGCUACUGCAAACAAAAACAAACACAAAUCAUGCAAAAAUCAUCCUCAUCUUGUUAUUCCUGCUCUACAAAAAUCUCUCAAGACUCUUGAAUUGGAUUACUUGGAUUUGUAUUUUAUUCAUUGGCCACUUUGUUCUCAGCCUGGAAAAUUUUCAUUUCCAAUUGAUGUGGCUGAUCUAUUGCCAUUUGAUGUGAAAGGUGUGUGGGAAUCCAUGGAACAAGCUUUGAAACUUGGACUCACUAAAGCUAUUGGUGUUAGUAACUUCUCUGUCAAGAAACUUCAAAAGCUUCUAUCUGUUGCCACUGUUCUUCCUGCUGUUAAUCAAACCACCAUCAACAUACACAUCAUAAUAGGAACAUCGGUUUCUAAUCCAAUCCGCGGCUUGUGGCCUAAUGUCAUCCACGGCUCUAUGGCGAUAAACUGUCCGGGGCCUGCUUUUAACAUAUGAUCUCUGGUACAGAAGA